GAGCCAGCCACGCCUCCAAAUGCCAGCUUGCUACAAUUGUGUAUAGCAAGCUAGUGCUAGAGCUAGUGGCUGACAAGCCCACUUUCUAGAACCUGCAGUGCAUGCUAUUGUGUGGUAGAUUGAGCUCUACCCAAGAGAGGUCCGAGUCAUAUAGAUCUGAUCGACACUACGGUGUACAACAUGUUUAAGAAGUCCCCUCACUACAAGAAGAUCUCACAGGCUGACUCUGAAGAUGAUGAGGUGCUCUUGUAUGCAGCCGCCCCGCUCAAUCAAGAUGCUCAACUCUCCGACGAUCAGUCAUUCGGAACUGGGAUAUACAACCGCGACCUUCGACUGAACCUUAACUCCCCGGAUCACCUCCAAGCUAAGGAAAAAGCCACGCUAAGAGACAGACGUCAUAUGAUAUAUUCUGGUUUGUGUUGUGCCGCAUUGCUGGUGCUCCUAUUGGGUGUGGCUCUUACAGUGGUUGUGUAUGCACAAGUCUAUCUCCCACAAAAUCUCAACACUACGUCUCAUACUGAAACGCCGUCAGAAGAUCCUAUGUGUGUAAAACUACCCCCACCUUCACCAGGAGGGGUCAAUGUCUGCAAGGGAAAGAAUCAACCUGAAGACCCGACCACCAAAAGUCUACCUAGUUUGCCAAGUAAAGAAACUGAACCAGUAACACCAUUGAGUAAAACGACAAGCCCAACCACACUAUCGAGAGACACUUCAGCACCUUUUAAAGAAACUAUACCUCCACGUACAACAGCUGGGCAAUCGAGUUUUCCAACAUAUCCGAACAGUGUGCCAAGUGAAGAAAGUGUUACUACUGGUCGUUUAACAGUGGAGAGUACAGAACCAUCUCAUCAGUUUGCAGAAGACAUGCUUACAGAAACUACUACUAAAAACGUUGACGCCACUCAAUCAGUGAAGCUUGACUCUGCUACCACGCAUUCGCAACACACCUCACGUAGUGUGGAUUGGACACGAGAUGUCUUUCCUGCAGCUACUGAGCUUUCCCUGCAAUUGUUUGACAUGAACAGAGAUGGCAUACAAGACAUUCUCACUGCAACGGUAUCUGACCCUUGUACUUGCUCUCUACUUGCACUAGAUGGGCUCACUGGUAUUACUGUGUGGCAGAAAAAAGUAAACUUUGACGUUUUCUCCCUUCGCUGCAUCCUGGAUGCAAAUCAAGAUGGUGUAACCGACUGUAUCGCCACAGGACGUUUUGGUGGCUUUAUCUCUCUGAGUGGGGUUGAUGGAUCUAUUAUCUGGUUUGUGGAUUCUGCUAUCACUUUCCCGAAAUACAACUUUUUCUUCCCGUUACUAGUUGAUGACCUGGAUGAAGACGGUGUGCCCGACCUCAUUAAUACACAUGGUGGAGAUCCUACGUAUUCACCCUCGGAGGAAAACAGAUCACCUGGGUCCCUGGUGGUUGUGUCUGGUCGUACGGGGGGGAAGUUGAUGGAUCCUGUUUUAAUGCCCGAUGGUGGCGAGACAUAUUGCUCCCCUGUGCUGUUUAAAAUGGGUGAUAUUGAUGUGGUCUUGUUUGGGAGUGGUGGUGAGACAUUGUCUGGUUCUCUGUGGGGUAUCACGCUAGAAAGCAUUCGCACUAUGGUCAGCAAGAAAAAGGCCGAGCUAACUCAGUACAAGAUAGAGACAGAUGACUCAUUUCAUCCUUGCUUUAUGGAUGUCGAGAGUUUUAGACCGACCUUCAACGAAACAUUCUUUGACAACAAAUCCCCAAUGUCAGCAUGCCCAGAACUUUCUACCCACAAGCUCAUCCCUAACAUGUAUGAUCUGUGCCUAUACGAAAUAUUCCGAUCAACAAAAAAAGGCAUUUUGCUUCCUCCCCUGAUACUGGACCUUAAUGUUGACGGUAUUGAAGACUUGCUCCUUACGACCUUCAAUGGUCAUGUGUACGCAUACGAUGGAAUGAAUAUGGCUACUCUGCUUUGGGAGGCAUACAAUCCUGGCACCGAGUCUUACAGCCUCCCAGUGCCCCUGUUCUACAACAAGGACUCUUAUCCAGACCUGAUAGUCAGAGCUAACUUGGGGGAGUGGGAUAAAGGCUAUAAAUCCUCCUCGUUCUACCUAAUGGACGGUCGCUCUGGCCGCACCCUGUGGUCACUAGACUCUGAACACAUCGCUAUGAACUCUGGACUCAGUUUAGCAGCAGAUACUCACGGUCUGGAUGCUAUGUUGUUCUUUUCUGUAGGGGACAAGAGAGCUAGAGAUCGUCGUCAUGGUGAUAUGCAAGAACCACAUGAUCAUGAGACUGAUAUGCCCCUUGAACCAGAUAAUCUUUGGAAUUCGACCCCUGAGGACCAAUUCCCGGACCCUGACGAUGAUCUGGAGGGUUUCCUACACUACUGUGACCACACAAUGGAGGAACUGACUGUCAGUGUGUACCUGCUCACCAGGGAGAUGAUAGAAGACGGAGAGGUCAAGCCAAUAAUGAUGGAGAGGCCCUUUGUGUUCAGAGGAAAAAUAGCAGCUAACUUUUCCGGUGAUAUGAAGAGACACGCUAAUAUCGAAUUUAACUACAACACAAGUAUGUAUUCAUCUGGUGAUGGAGAAGCUCCAGAGGACUUUGACCCCCAGUACACGGUGCCACCAGAUGUUGACCCCCAGAAUAAUGGUUUCCCUUCAAAUUUAAAUCCUCAAGAGAUGAAUGGCAACAGCCAAUUUCCCCCUGGGUUUGACCCAAGUAAGAAUUUACCCUCUGACUUUGAUCCCCUACAGAAUCCGAACCAAGCUGAUUUUGACCCGAGCAAGUUUCCUCCUGAUUUCGAUCCGAGCAAGUUUCCUCCUGAUUUCGAUCCGAGCCAAGCUGAUUUUGAUCCAAGCAAGUUUCCCCCUGGUUUUGAUCCGAGCCAAGCUGAUUUUGAUCCGAGCAAGUUUCCUCCUGAUUUCGAUCCAAGCCAGGGCAGACCCCCGCAACCACAAGAUAUGAACUAUGAUGCUAACAACAAAAAGAAAUUCCGCUGUGCCCACAUUCUCGUGCCUACAAAUGAUGUGGCCACACCUACUAUCGGAGACGUCAAUGGUGAUGGAAAACUGGAGCUAUCUUACAUAGUCGGCUGGGAGACAAUUCCAGGUAGCCAGGAAUACUUGGGGGGUACGACUAUUCUAAAGUUGAGACUAAGGACUUUCACUAUAGAGGACCGCUUCAUGGAGGUGUUUGGAAAAGGGAAGCUGGACUUUAGUCGAUUUCUUCCACCUGACGACCAACCCUGGGCCAAGUAUAUGGGCAAAACGGGAGACAGUGUGUAUCACCCCAAGCACCAGCUGAGAAAAAGCUGACGCAAUUGUGACAGGGCCUAGGAAAACAACCCUUAUGGAGCAAACUAAUAAUGUUCAGUACACUACAAAGUAAAAUAUUUAGAGCUAUUUUAGGAUUUUGGUUUUCUUUCAUAAGAAGUAACUUCAAUAUCUCCUCUAACUAAAAAAAAAUUUUUUUAUCCGAAAAAUUUUUUUGUAUAGCCGUUACAAGGCAGCCAUUGAAUUUUUUCAUGCUGUUCUUGUAUGUGGAUAGAACUUCGAACAUUAGUUUCUCAAAACGGUAGGUCAAUACUGUCCCCCUUUCACCCGAAAAUAUUUUGGGGUAGGAAGGUGCAAAGUGAGUGAUAUUGUAAUCAAUUUGAAGCUUAAGCACUGCUUUAUUUAACUAGUGUUCAAGCUGGCGCUGUGCUAAUGCCUCUCGCCAUGUUUUUGCUUUCGCUCAAAAGUAUUAGAGUGUUAUCUAUAAUGAAUUUUAUAUUAAAGUUAGCUUAUCUAUAUAAAGUCACUGAGAAGAAAAGACUUAUUUACAUGCAUCUAUUGUUGUUAUUUAUUGUAUUAUGUGGCUUACCAGGACCUCAAGAAAGAAGAAAAUUGAUUCUUCCAGGAUCUGUAGUUCAGUGUAUAUAAUAUCUAAGAAGAAAAGACCUGUGUACAUGCAUAUUGUUAUCUAUAUUGUUAUAUGGUAGUGUUUUGUGGCUUACCAGGUCCUCAAGACAAAGAUGAUUCUGCCAGGAGAAUCUGGAUCUGGAUCUUGGAUAUCACACAUGGGGAAUGAGCGCGCAUGCGCAUUACAUCCACAGGAAUAAUUAAAGGGUGUGUCCAAAGAGAUCAAUUUCACAAAUGGCUACUGCUAGCUAGCUGUUUUAACAGAUAUUUUCUGAGUAUUGUAGCUAACAAAAAGCUAGCGCUUUAGUGCAAGGCUAACUCAUAUGUUGAAUAGAAAGUUUGUGCGGACAGAUGAUGCUAUGAAAGAUUCUGAAGAGACUGCAACAGCCUUCAAUGUGAGUCAAACUAGCCAUAACUCGAGAAAGAAGCUUUAGUUUGCUAAUCCACGAAUCAAAAUCCAAGAGAACGUGGCUAGAAGCCUAUAGAAGCUGUUAGUUUUCGUCGCAUUGCAACCAUUGAGCAGUUAUAGCUGGAAUACACACACACACACACAGACAGACAGACAGACACACACACAGUCAGCUUUACCGUAUCCCUCGUGCGGCUACGCCUCGAGGCAUAAUUAAGCAAUAAAAUACAAUUAAUUAGUUUGCUCCAUAAGGGUUGUAUUCCUAGGCCCUGUCACAAUUAUUAUUUUAUAACAGGUGUACAUGUAUAAUGAUUAAUUACACAGCUUUACUUACAGGUAUCUGUAUAAUCUUAUAAUUAUAACUUAAAUGUGUUUCUUUUAACUUAUUUCUUGUGUUUUGCACAGAUCUGAAUGGUCUCUACUAUUUUACUUACCGUAUUAUAGUCAGACUAAGAAUGUUUUGCUGGUGAAAACCUUAA